AUGGUCACAGGUUUAUCUUGGUGGCUAUUGAUUAUUUACAAAGUGGGUGGAAGCAGUAACUUUCAAGUCAGUGACCAAGAAGGUCGUGGUGGAUUUCAUCCAUUUCAACAUCAUCUGUGUCGGUUUGGUAUUCCAAAGGUGAUUAUAACUGAUAACGCCGCAAAUGUCAAUAGCCACUUAAUGCAAGAGGUAUGCUACCAAUUUAAGAUUGAGCAUCGAAAUUCGACUCCGUAUCGCUCAAAGGCAAACAGGACUGUAGAAGCUGCUAACAAAAAUAUAAAAAAGAUACUUCGUAAGAUGGUGCAAAUUAUACCUACAAAAAUUGAGAUCCCAUCUUUAGGAAUUGUUGUGGAGGCAGAAAUUGAUGGUGAUGAGUGGACCAAAGCAGAGUUAGAGCAAUUAAGUUUGAUUGAUGAGAAGCGUCUGCCAUCAAUAUGUCAUGGACAAUUAUAUCAUAAAAGAAUGGCACGGGCAUACAACAAAAAGGUGCGUCCCACACAUUUUGAAGAGGGUCAAUUAGUGUUGAGACACAUUUUGCCACAUCAUGCCAAAAUCAAAGGCAAAUUUUCUCCAAAUUGGAGAGGACCAUUCGCUGUUAAAAGGGUAUUACCCAAUGGUGCUCUUUACUUAGCAGAUAUAGAAAGCAAAGUGACAGAAACGAUCGUCAAUGCUGAUGUUGUGAAAAGAUAUUACAUAUGA